AUGGGGAACAGCAUCCACAAGAAGAAGAAGAAGGAGAAGGUGCAGGUGGAAGGAACCGUGUCCUGCCCUCCUUCCUUCAGCUCGAGCCCAAAAAGGGACACAUGGAGCAGCUUCUGGCUGCUGGGACGCCCAGACAAACUGAAAACAGGCAUGGUGGUCUACUUGAGGAAGAGCAUCCACUCUCUGCUGUCCGCCUUCAAGAAGAAGGCUGGCCCAAAGGGGAGUGAAGACCAGAAGAGGUUGACGGUUCACUACACGACCUCUCAGCACUACCAGGAUAAUGUUUUCAUUGAGGGCAGUCGGCCUCAGUACCUGGAGGACCUGCAUACUGAGGCUCAGGAAGGGCUUAAGAUACUUCAGCAGGAAGAACACAAGAAUGGAGUGAACUUUGAUGACCAUAGAAGCACCUCUUCCACAGGCACUCUCCAUCCAGAGCAAGAUAUCAGCUCCAAGGACAGAGUCAGCUCUCCGGAGUCCAUAUCCACCACUGGGAAUACAGAUAUCACAGUAACCCCUGCAACGUCAGCUUCUCCUGUGCUUACCCACCAAGGAUCCACAUUCAAGCCUCUGAAUCCAGUGAAAAAAACAGAUAGAAGCAGGAAGAGGAACAGGAGGACCACCAUCAUGGGUAUUCCCAACCAAGUCCAAAAAGAGCUUGCUCUAAACAGAAGUUCCACUUUUCAGCCGCUUGUUUCGACUAAGCUCCCUGAUCACAACAAGCAUGAAGGUGAUGGACAAACAAGUGUUGUUAUUCCGACCGUUGAUGGGGGGACUCCAGUAGCAAAUAAGGAGGGAGCAAGGGUGCACCUUUCAGAACUGGAGCAGGUCUUUAGAGAUGAAGCACUUGUGAGCAAACACCUCCAAGAUGUGUACCAAAAAGAGCAAUCCCACCUCUGUCCCACAUCUGCCCUGAGACCCAAAUCCCUUGCAGUGACUGGCAUAAAAACUCCCUUUACAUUGUCACCCUCAAUGUUGAGCUUCUUCCAGGAGCCCCCGGGACCAGUGAUGUCCAUCUCUCCUCAGGCCACUUAUUUGUCUACAAUCAUUCCAAAUGCUGUCUUGCCAGCAUCAGUUGAAGUAAUUGAGAUUGACCGCAGCAUCAGUCGGACUCGUGGCGGCAGCGUCAAUCAUGGAAGAAGCAUUCGUACUGUCAGCAAAAGCAGCCUCACAUCUGGGGACUCAGCAGUCAGUCCCUUGUUGUCCAGAAAAUCAGAUGGAGAUGGUUCCCAGACAAACAGUUCCAACUAUGAUAUCACGCUAAUGCCCAAAUCAGCCUCAGGGUCAAACUGGAGCGAGUCGCAGUCCUCAAAGACAGUUAUUUCUGACUCCUUACAUACCUUCUCAAACAAAGUUGGUCUUGAUGAACGAGAAAGCCAGACAGACCUAUCUGGAGAUCUAGACCUUGCUAAUCUUUGCAAUUCUGCUGGUGUGAUUAGCAGCUCCAGCAGUAAAGGUGAAAAUACUACAGAAUUGGGGGCUGAGAGUGAUACAAAAGAAUUGAUGACUUCUGGGGAACAAGCUAAAAACAAACACAACUGCGCUCAUAGUCUAUCAGUCAUGAAGACCAAGCAACCUCCUGCACCUCCACGAAGAAUUAACUCGCUGCAUGGUAAUAAGAUGAGAAGUGAUUCUAAGACUGUAAGUGAUAUCAAAGAUCUCUGCAACUCUGCAUCAGAGAAAGAGGAAACUUCAAAAGAUACUGUAGCAGAAGGUGACACAAAGUUGGUUACAAAUAACAGCACAAAGCUCAUUUCCUUCUCAAACUCCACUGGAUCUAGCCCAAUAGAUUCAUCCUCGGGAACUUUAAGCUCUUUGCAGACCUCUUCUUACAGAAACGAGGAAGCAACAAAGUCAUCUCUAGAGUCCAGCACCUCUCCCCUGCAGAAAUAUCCUCCAGAAGGAGAAAAAAUUGAACGAACAAUGUCUCCUUCAAGCGGUUACUCUAGUCAGAGUGGCACUCCAACUCUUUCCCCAAAAGGGAUCCCCACAACCUCGCCAGACAAACAAACGAAGAAUCCCAUCAAACCAGAGAGAUUAGCAUCUCAGGCUUCAUCCUCAGCAGCUUCUCCUUCUUCCUCACUCACCUCUUUAUCAUCGGGUACAUCUGAGCUUGCUAAUGCUGAUGUUUCCAUCUGCACUACAACUCUGUCUCCACAAGAAUCUUCCCCAAUUGCUGCUACUGAAGAACUCACGCCAAAUAGCCUGCCCUCAAAUUUCAAAGUUGAAGUCAGGGAGCUGCUGGCCAUCCCUUCACCCCCUAAAGUCAAAGCACCAUGCCCUCCACCUCCAGAGGCUUGGGCUCACAACAAAUGCACUGUUGAGCUCCUGUGUGGACCUAGCAUCAGCAAAAAAGUUGUCUACAAACAAGCACAGAUUCAGGAUAGCACAGAAAAUCAGGAAGAAGCCCAAACUGAACCCAUAAAAGAGUCACAAUUUGCAGAUGGUAACCAGAAAACCACAGACAAACCGCUCUUGGAAAUGUCAAUAAAUACAACAACGCCUAUGAGAAUGUCCGUAACACAUCGUCAAGGGGACGAUGGUGGUGACAUGAAGCAAGUCGACAGGGAAAGUUUAGGCACAGAACAAGUCCAGGAAACGAAAAAAGCCAAUGUUCAGAGCAGAGAAGAAAAUGGUAUAUCUGGAGAGAGGGUCCAAGAGAUUCAAGAGGCAACUCCAAAAAAAGAUCCCCCACCUGUUAUGAAGAAACCCAUGAGAGUAUUGUUUAGUCUGGACAAAGAGCGACCAGUAGAGACAAAACAAAAUGAAGAAAGAAGUGCUGCAACAGAAGUUCAAGAGAGAAAUUCAACAUGCUCACAGGAUGCUGUUAUGAUUAUUGAUAACAGUCAGACAGAAAAAUGUGAAAACCCAUACAGGCAGACACUUUCAGUUGAAGUCCCCAAGGUUAGUAAGAUCUCACCACCACCUACACCUCCUCCAGCAUACCAGCCUACUCCCCCUCUUAAAAAGAAAACACCUUCCUCACCUAUAUCUAUACCACUGAAUGAAUCACCACGGGAACAGGAGGAAUCACAUGUUGAGGACUCCUGCUGGCCACCUCCUCCACCCCCAUUGGAAGGGGAUUCUGCCUUUGAUGGAAGUGAGGAAGUAGAUUUUCCUCUACCUCCUCCACCCUCUGUAGCAGACAGCACAAUGGACGUGUCAGAUCCAACCCCAGCUUUUUCACAUCCACCUGAGAAUGACAGUAAACCAGUGGUUGUUGCGGAAGUUUCAAAAGCUGAUAUUGUUGAUGAAACUUCUUGCCAAACAGUGCAGAAUAUUUCCAGUGUUUCACCACCACCUGCAGAGUUAUCUCUUGUAUUGCCUGUUACAAGAGAAAAAAAUAUAUUGCCAGUUGUGGCCGCGGUUCCUUCCAGCAGUUUUCUGAAGAGGAACUCUCUGAAAAUUGAAGAUCCUUCUCUCCCUGCUCUUCCAGUCAGUGCUCAACUUUCAGCUCCAAUUACUGAGCAGAUAUCACCUCCUCCACCAACAGAGAAUGUGACCCAUGGGCUUAACUUCAGAAGGCAAUCCAGUGGAUCAUAUAGAGACACCAGGAGCAAGGAGCUACUCUCCCGCCACAAAAGUUCACCUAUUCCUAAAGAGGAUGCCAACAUACCACUUGUCACCCCCUCUCUGCUCCAUAUGGUUCGUCUUAGAUCAGUCAGCAUGACUGAAGAUCAGGUGAAAGCCACAUUAGAAGACAAGUCCUGUAAUGAGGGAGCACCAGUAAUGGAUAACCAUCCUGUCUCAGUCCAAGGAUCCCAAAAUAUUCCUCAAAAGCCAAUCCGGAAGUCUUUGUCAUUGAAAUCUUCCGUUCAAACUGUAAAACCAUCUACUGUGACAAUAGGCUCUCCUUCAACAUGCCUACAGGAGGCCAUACGUAUGAAAACUGCAGCCAUGUCUUCAAGAGAUGGUCUUCCCUCCAGAAUGGGUAUUAAAUCAACCAAUUAUAGUUGUGUCAGUCAACCACACAGUCAGACUCUGAAGUCAUCUGAAGGAUGUGACAUGUAUAAGUCUCCAGCCUCUACUGCUAGCUUUAUCUUCUCCAGGAGCACAAAAAAGGUGGUCAUAGAGACAGUGGCUGCCUCUUCUUCUGAGACUCAGGCAAGUCUGAAGCAAAGUUUGGCGGCCGAGCUCAGACAGGUCUCUGACCAAUCAAAGGCUGGUGUUUUCUCAAAUGGCAGGAUGAAGUGUGACAAAGUUCCUCCACCUGUAGCUAAGAAGCCAGUUCCCAGCAGCCCGAGUCCGUCUCGUAUUCCCCCUCCUUGUCAUUCAGCAAAGUUGGAGCUAAGUUUUGAAGGAAACGGAGCUCUCGGGGUUCAACAAAUGAGUGACGUGGCACACCCUGAGACGACAACAAGAGUGACAGCGGACACGAUAGAAACACUGUUUUGAGAGAGAUCUGCGACUAGAUUCAAAAGGGACGACUUCAAGCAAGUGAAACUCAUCGAUUUUACCAAGACUGUAAACACAGAGUUGUGUGUUGUCUUCUUCAAAAGCCUUAGCCUGUAAUGGCCUUACUAUAUGCAAAAAUA